AAUAUUUUUUUCUUUGCGAAAAUGUCAUUGUGUAUUUCGGAAAAUAGUCCUGAUGUAAGGAGAUUUCUGUAAAAAAAUUAAAAUCUGAAACAUAAGAAACAAUAUCAAGAUAAUAACUAAAACUAAGUUAAAUUUGUUCCGGUUAAACCUUAACAAACAGUUAUUGAAUAAUAUUAUUAACAUAAAGAGAUAACAGUGAAACAAGCAACAAGGAUUUUAAUAAACCAACACCCCAUAACAAGUGAAUUGUUUUCUAUUUUCAGACAACAACAACAACCAGAAAAAAGGCAAAGUCAAAAAGUCACCAACCAUCUGUAUUAUCAUGGAGCCGCCGUGUUCAUUUCAUCCUUGCGAUGAGGCUGUGAUUGCAACCAAUGACGAUGCCAGCGAUUGCAAACGUGGUGCUGUGCGUUUGGGGUAUUGGAAAGACGAUUAUAUUGGAUUUUUUGUGCGCAACCAAGACCGCAAAGCGCCAGAGAUAAAUCGAGGCUAUUUUGCCAGGGUCAAGGGCGUUGAGAUGUGUAUAGAGAAGUUCCUGAAGAAAACUAAUGGAAAUUGUCAAAUCAUCAACUUAGGAUGUGGAUUUGACACGCUCUAUUUUCGUUUGCGCGACACACCACAUCAAGUGAAAAAUUUCAUUGAGUUAGAUUUUCCAACUGUUACUGCGCGAAAAUGCUAUACAAUUAAGCGCAAUAAAGUGCUAUUGGCCAAAAUACAUGACGAGGAUGGUGAAGUUAAAUUAAGUCCAACAGAUUUACAUGGUCCAAACUACCAUCUAAUGGGCGUAGAUCUUAGAAAUAUUGAUGAGGUGGAUCAUAAAUUACAGCAAGCCGAAGUAGAUUAUACAUUACCAACAAUAUUUUUAGCUGAAUGCGUGUUGGUCUAUAUAGAACCAAAUAAUUGUAGAAAUUUACUUAAAUGGAUUGCCAGUAAGUUUUCUAGCGCCGUAUUUGUCAAUUAUGAACAGGUCAAUAUGAAUGAUCGUUUCGGAGAUGUAAUGCUUAAUAAUCUACGCAGUCGUGGUUGUAGUUUAGCGGGAGUAGAUGCGUGCAUCUCUUUGGAAACACAAAUGGGCAGAUUCCUUGAAUGUGGUUGGAGCGGAAGUCGGGCCUGGGAUAUGGUUCAAGUUUAUCAAAGUAUUCCACCUGCAGAACGUCAGCGUAUUGAACGUAUAGAAAUGCUUGAUGAGGGUGAAUUGUUGGUGCAAUUAUUUCAGCACUAUUGCCUAGUCGUGGCAUGGAUAGGCGAACUAUUUCAAGACAUUGAAAUUACGUGCGUUAACGUGGUUGAGAAACGAAUGUCCUCUUUAAACAUCGACUAAGCAUAAAGUAUGAUGAAACGAAAGGCUGCACAAUUUACAAAAUUUUCUCACAUACAGUGAUGAAGGAGCAACAGCAUUUUGGUCUAUUUUGUAUAUGAAAAAAGCGAAAAAAUAGAGAGAAUAUACAAAAUAUUUUGUACAUUACUUUUGGUAAUCAUUUAAAUGGAUAUAUUGUAUCUUAUUAAGCCACAAACCCAUUGGUUACUGUAAUAAUCAUCAAAAGAAAGAUUUUGUGAACAAACGCAAAUUGAAUUUAAAAAAAAUACACAUACAUACAAAAAUAUUUACUCAUUUCCUGCGAUUUUGUUAAAAAGUUGUAAACAAUUUUAAUGGGUAAAUGCCAGUUUUGGGCUCAAGCAUAUAUCACAUUAUUCCUUUUAUUUGUUGUU